AUGUCGGAGUAUUUGGUUCAAUACUGGUUUCUGAUCAAUAGGGCUGCUGCGAAUCUCUCGAUGCAGACCAGGAAUCCAAAAUUCCUCCCGUUGCCAAGCGAGGAUAGGGGCCUCGUCGGAGUGAUAAAAAGCACUACGGUUUCAAAGUGUUCACUGAGAUCAGAACUCACGCUGGCAAGCUGUUUCAAUGUUGAGGGCGUUUUGGCAGCCGUAUAUAUAGCGGAAAGAACGUUGAAAGGACUUAACUGCAUCAAGGUGGACUACAGCUUCGAAACAGAAUCGGUUCUCUAUGAUGUGGUGGAGAAUAAACCGAAGGCGCCGACGACAUAUGUGGCCGGAAACUUUUCUUUCGAAUCGCUUCACCAUGAUCUCGAGGGCGGGAUGCUGGGAAGAUACAGGCUGACAGUUUGUAAGACCGGCAAUUGUGGCAACGUGCGGACAUCUAUGUGUCAUUCGUCCAGGGAGGAAACAAUAUUCAAGAAGUUCUUUACGAUGCCACGCAAUUUCCUAACGAGAAGCCCAGGUGGAAUUUUAUCUUUGCUAUAA